CCUCCCGGAAGACCUGGAAUGAUUGGAACUGGAGGUGCUGUUGGAGAGAAGGGAGAAGAUGGUGAGGCAGGCGAUCCCGGCCCUACUGGUUUCUCAGGCUCUCUGGGAGAGAAGGGCGAUAUGGGGGAGAAGGGAGACACUGGCCUUCCAGGAGCCGCAGGACCCCCAGGGGCCCGAGGGAUACCAGGAGAGGACGGGGCCAAGGGCAACUUGGGUCCUAUUGGUUUCCCAGGAGACCAGGGAUCACCCGGAGAGGCUGGCGUCAAUGGUAUUGAUGGGGGCAUAGGAUCCAAGGGAGACAACGGAGACCCAGGCAAAGAUGGACCACCAGGGGCCUCAGGAGAGCCAGGUCCACCAGGGAGACCAGGACGCAGGGGUCACUUGGGGCCAGCUGGGAAGGAAGGCAAGCCGGGCAUGAAAGGAGAGAAGGGGGCGCCAGGCUAUGAGGGGCUGCUGGGGAAGACGGGCCCCGUGGGCGGCCAAGGGAACCCUGGGAAGGCUGGGCAGCAGGGGAUGAGGGGCAUCCCUGGGCCCGCGGGAGAGCAAGGCUUGAACGGACCUCCUGGCCAGACUGGACCUCCCGGACCAAUGGGACCCCCAGGACUGGCCGGCCUGAAGGGAGACCCAGGAUACAAAGGAGAAAAGGGCCAUGGUGGUCUGAUCGGCCUUAUCGGACCCCCUGGAGAGGCAGGAGAGAAGGGAGACCGCGGGUUGCCCGGCAACCAGGGAGCACAGGGCCCUAAAGGAGAGGAGGGUCCUGUUGGCCCCAUUGGCUUCAUUGGCCCUCCCGGUCCCCCAGGUCUUGCUGGAGGCUCAGGUCAGAAAGGAUCCAAAGGCAACCAGGGUCCCAUUGGUCCCCGUGGUGACACAGGCCCUGCCGGCCCCCCUGGACCUCCUGGUUACCCGGCCGUGAGUACCCGUUCUCUGCCUAUCCAAGAAGACGGCACGGGCAGACGUAGACGCCACUCCACGGUCGACGGUGCCACAUUGGAGGGAGACUCUAUGACACUCACAAGGGACAUUGAUGGUGGAAUGGAAGAGGAUGAAGCCGAUGAUGAGGACCUCUUCCUGAGCGACCAGCCGGCGGGAGAGGGAGGCGAUGGCCAGGAUAUGGAGGAGGUGUUCGCCUCUCUGUCCUCCAUGAGGGUGGAGGUGGAGGGCCUCAGGACCCCCAUGGGAACCUUCGACAGCCCAGCACGCACCUGCAAAGAGCUGUGGUUCUGCCACCCCGACUUAAAGGAUGGUGAGUACUGGAUUGACCCUAACCAGGGAUGCCAUAGGGACGCAUUCAAGGUGUUCUGCAACUUUACAGCUGAGGGAGAGACCUGCUUAGACCCCGACACCAAGUUCCAAUCGGUGAAGCUGGCAGCCUGGAACAAGGAGAAGCCAGGCACAUGGUACAGCAAGUUCAAGAAAGGAUCCAAGUUUGUCUACUCGGACGUCUCAGGGCAGCCGGUGCACAUAGUGCAGCUGAACUUCCUAAAGCUGCUGAGCGCCACAGCGCGCCAGACCUUCACGUACGUCUGCCAGAACUCCGCCGGCUGGUACGAUAGCGCCUCCCGGGGGUACGGCCGCGCACUGCGCUUCAGGGGCAGCGGGGGAGAAGAGCUCACGUACGAGAAUUCGCACUUCAUACAGCCACGCCACGAUGGCUGUCAGUCACGGGUUGGCCAGGAGAGGACAGUACUGGAGUUCGACUCAGAGGACUCCGACAUGUUCCCUAUCAUGGACGUGGCGGUGUCGGACUUCGGCAACAGCAAGCAGAAGUUUGGCUUCGAGCUGGGGCGCGUCUGCUUCAACGGAUAGUGCCCUCUUGUGUUUCGGAGGGCCAUGCGCUCAAGUGGAGAGAGAGACAGACAGAAAGAGAGAGAGAGAGAGAGAGAGAGAGACUGGGACCUUUUCGACACAUGCCACUUACUGCCGUACUGCUCUCUACACUUCUACUGCUGUGUGUUUCCCAGGGCAAUAAUUACGAAUUUGGGUAUCAAGUGGAGCAUUUUGAACAGUCUCAACUUUGCCUGACAUUGGCGGACAUUUUGAAAAAAAAAUUCUGUUAGCUCUGUUUAUAGUAUACAUAAGUAUAAAUAAGACCCCAAAUGAAUAGAAAAAAACUGUUAAUGAAAAUAUCUGAAUGAACAGGGCCUUUGUUGAAAAAUGACUUGUUAAGGUGAUGGGAAACACACUCCAGGAAAGCAAGGGGCAGCACCAGAGUAUUGCUUUGUCACAAUAGAAAAACAUUCGCUCCAGCCGUCAGGUGACCACGGAACAACCAAUCGGAGACCACAGCUGUAUCUGCCCAGACUCAGGCAACCAGAAACCAUUUCAAGUCUUCAUCUAUGCAGUUGUACACAUUGGCAAUACACAUAAAGACACAGG